UUAACAAAGGAAAUUUAAAUUAACCGUCAAAGCAACCCUAAAUGUACCGUAGUUUCUCAGAAGUCCAUAAAAUUGGCAAAAUAAUGUUAUUGUCAUCUGCUGAUAGCCGUAACUGGCAUUUUUAGAACGCUUCAAUAUUACUUUAUGAUGGAAGACUUUUGGCAGAGACAGACGGAACCAAAUCUGACAAACAAUAUUAUCAAGCAAGGGACCCAUAAACAAUUGAAGGUUGAUGCAAAGCCAGAUCCGCGCGCUAUAUAAGACGGAGGAUGGGUUGGGUCGGAUCAUAUCAUUUACUUAUUCAGAUUGAGAAACAUUACCGCGAAAAGUUGCAAAGGAACAUGCAAAGGAUAAUUGCAAUUGUGGCCAUUGUGGCAGCAGGACUUUCUCUUGUGGCAGCACAGACUUGCCAGGAGUGCCAGACAGACAACGAUGUGUACUGCCACAAUCAGACCGCAUAUCAAAAUUGCAUGAGUGGUGCAACAAUCGGAGACAUUGUGUUGUGUCCUACGGGCACAGUUUGCUCCAAUUCCGACGACGUAUGUGUGGACAGCUCCGAUGUGAGCACAACCGUAUUAGACGUUUGUGGAACCUCUGCCGGAAACGGUGCCCAGUGCGAAGUGUGUUCCAGCAAAUACGCCUGUGUCAGUAGCACCCAGUAUGUCCGAUGCUCCUCCAGCGGAUCUCUCAUAACCUCCAAUGUGUACAGCUGCGGUACAGAUGAGAGUUGUAUCAUCGAGUCUCUUUCUGUUUUUGGAUCGCUAUGUGUGCCUUCUUGUGCCGCCGAAUUCGGUGGCUAUAGCGCCUCAUGUAGCAACAGCGUGUACCAGCCCGCAACUACGACAGCUGCUCCGACAACGACGCCGAGUGCUACCCAAAAAGAGGAGUACUGCACUGCUGGCGAGCCUAGUACCAGUAAAGCGUACUUCUUCACCAGGAACACCGACGAUUCCACGUGCAAGACUUACUUGUACUGCCAGAAAUCGGGAACCGACUGGAUAGCCAUUUACAUGACUUGUGGUGCCUCAACACCCUACUUCGACUCGACCACUAGCACCUGUGUGGCGACCAAGCCUACCAGCUGCUCGGUAACAACCACCACGACUUCCACGAGUACCUCGACUUCCACUACAACCCCGUCUUCCACUAGUAGUGAUUCAACGGAGUCUUCCACGGAAUCUUCUUCAGCUGAUGCUUCUACGACUUCUUUAACGACUGAUUCUUCAACGGUUUCUACCUCGGAGGCUUCUUCCACAACUUCUUCGACGACUGAUUCUUUAACGGAUUCUUCCACAACGGCUUCAACUUCCACGGAGGUUCCCUCUGAUUCUUCUUCGACUGAUUCUUCAACAACGGCUUCAACUUCAUCAUCAACUGAAGCAUCUUCUACAGAGGCUCCCUCUGAUUCUUCAACGGAUUCUUCAACGGAUUCGUCAACUGAUUCUUCAACGGAUUCUUCAACGGUUUCAUCUUCCUCGGAGACUUCUUCAAGUGAUGAUUCUUCCAGUGAAACUACAACUAUUUCUUCGUAGUCAGACGACAGCUACUCUCCUAUCAGUAAUUCUUCCGCAAAAUGAUGGACACAGAAAAAUGCUUUCUCAAAGCUUUUAAAGUAUAAUAACAUACAUUACGAUUGUAGACAAUCUUCAAUAGGCAUUUAAAAUAAAUUCAAAAUAAUAAUUACGUUA